AUGACAAUGCUUCUAGAUGGAGGACCUCAAUUUCCCACCCUGGGAGUUGGAGGGUUUGGGACAUCUCGCCAUCAUGAAAUGUCCAGCCGAGAUGCUGGCAUGGGGCUUAAUCCAUUUGCUGAACCUUCACAUGCUGCGGCUUUCAAGCUUAGUCCAGCCAGUCAUGAUCUCUCCUCAAGCCAGAGCUCAGCUUUUACCCCGCAGGCAUCUGGAUAUGCCAACGCGCUCGGGCACCAUGCUGGGCAGGUGCCAUCUUACGGAGGUGCUGCCUUUAACUCCACUAGAGAUUUUCUUUUCCGAAAUCGGAAUUCUGGAAUUGGAGAUGCUGCCUCACCAGGGGGUCAGCAUGGACUUUUUGCCAGCCAUGGACCCCCUGCAAUCACUGAACCUCCAGGACACCUGAUCUUUCCAGGACUCCACGAACAAAGCUCCAGCCACACUUCACCUAAUGGACAUGUGGUAAAUGGACAAAUGCAUUUAGGUCUUAGAGGAGACAUUUUUGGACGUCCAGAUCCUUAUAGAGCUGUGCCUAGUCCCAGGACAGAUCAUUAUGCUGCUGCCCAGUUCCACAACUACAACCACAUGAAUAUGGGCAUGAAUGUAGCAGCUCAUCAUGGCCCAGGGGCAUUUUUUAGAUAUAUGAGGCAACCUAUCAAACAAGAAUUAUCAUGUAAGUGGCUAGAGGAAUCACCAAUGAACCGACCGCAGAAAGCCUGCGACAGGACAUUCAGCAGCAUGCAUGAGCUGGUUACACAUAUGACAAUGGAACAUGUUGGGGGACCAGAACAAACUAAUCACAUUUGCUACUGGGAGGAAUGUCCUAGGGGAGGAAAAUCCUUUAAGGCAAAGUACAAACUGGUUAAUCACAUAAGGGUUCACACUGGAGAAAAACCUUUUCCAUGUCCCUUUCCUGGAUGUGGGAAAAUAUUUGCACGAUCUGAAAAUCUAAAGAUCCACAAAAGAACUCACACAGGUGAGAAGCCCUUCAAGUGUGAGUUUGAAGGAUGCGAUCGACGGUUUGCAAACAGCAGUGACAGGAAAAAGCAUAUGCAUGUGCAUACAUCAGACAAACCAUACAUCUGCAAAGUAUGUGAUAAGUCCUACACACAUCCCAGCUCUCUAAGGAAACACAUGAAGGGGUCUGAUUCAUCGCCAGCUGCCAGCUCAGGUUAUGAAUCUGCCACCCCACCAGCAAUGGUAUCAGCCAGUAGUGAGGAAACUUCCAAAACUACUUCAGCAGUAAUUCAGACUAACAGCAACACUCACAAUCCAGGAUUACUUCCACCUAAUUUUAACGAGUGGUAUGUCUGA